UUCCGGCAGGCGCCCCGCCUCUCCAAGGGCGAAGCUGUCAGAGCGUUUACGACCCUGAUGCCGCAAAGCGCUGGAGUGCAGCUGUCUGAGCGACUUGUUUUCCGGAUCCCGGGGCUGCAGGUGGUGAAGUAUGUUAUGUCUAAAAGUGGAUUAAUUCCAUAUUAAAUGAAAAUGGCCAAUUCUUUACGAGGAGAAGUACUGGCUCUUUACAAAAAUCUGCUGUAUCUUGGACGGGACUAUCCAAAAGGAGCAGACUAUUUUAAAAGGCGUUUGAAGAAUGUUUUCCUUAAAAACAAGGAUGUGAAGGACCCAGAGAAGAUCAAAGAGCUUAUUGCACGAGGAGAAUUUGUAAUGAAGGAGCUAGAGGCCUUAUACUUCCUUAGGAAAUACAGAGCUAUGAAGCAACGUUACUAUUCAGAUACCAACAACUAACCAAUUGUUGCCACCAACACCUGACUAACAAUCAGUGCCUGCUGUUUACGUGUACCAACUAUUAUAAAAUAAUUCAAUUUACAAUGGCAAGAUACAUGUUUAAAAAACCAGGGUAGCCCUACUGUAUUAAAAUGUGUUUCAACCUCACUGAUACUGAGACCUUUACUCAUAAUCCUUUAUGCUAAAUUUUAUUAUUAAUUAUAUAGUAACUUUAGCACAUUUCAUGAGAAUACAAUUUUGAAUUUUCUAACAUGUAAUAAUAGCCAAUUAUUCUUAGUCUACUCCAUUUACUGAGACUGUCAUUAGCAAAUAGUGUCUGACAGGUUUAUUAUCCUUUAGCUUGUGAGCAUCUGGUCUUUCCCCCCAUUUAGUAUACAAAGUGCAUAUUCAAGGCUCUCUACAAACACCUCCUCAAAAUGAUUUGAAUGCAGUUAUCAAAAUAAAACAUAUGAAGGUGACUUUGA